UUAAAAAAACUUAUUUAUUAAAAAAACAAUGUGUGAUUUUCUACCAAUGUCCGUACAUGCGAUUUUGAACGAUGUGGAAACAAGCCUUAGUUUACCAGUACUCAUAGUUCUUGUUCUGUGCAUUUUGCAAUUUCUCGUUUAUCAUAUGAUGCAUUUAGCAUGUACAUUACGACAAAUACUUUGCAAAAAAUGUGAAAAAAAAAGAAAACAGAAAGGUCCAAAGAGUGGUUCUUGUAUAAUGAAAUGUUUAAAAGCAUUUAUAAGAAAUAUUAGAUCUAUGUUUUGGUUUCUAAUUGGUGGAUCUCCAUGUAGUAGUAUGGAAAAAAUAUAUCGAAAAAAUAAAAAUAAACCCUCUUGCAAGAGAUUGUGUACAAAUCAGUUGAAAUCUAAUAACAACGAUUGGAACGAUAAUGACGAAGAGGAUGAGGAUGAAUAAU